UUACUCUCCCUCCACCACCACCACCACAUUGACCACAACAAGACAACACCACCACAGCUGAGCAUUGUGGUGAAAAUUGAAGCAGACCACUUUACACCACAGCGCCGUGAUCGUAGCCACACAGCAGUACAGCACCAGCACACCACACUCACACCACAGAGAGUGUUGGUUGCGUGUAAAAUCUGCUUCAACAUAAGAGUGUGUAAGGUUGGCAGUGAUGGCACGGCUUGUGGGACGCCUGCGCUGUGAGCUGCGCCUCCUGUCGUCCGCUGUGGACACUCUUGUCUGGUCUCUGUGGCCCAAAGGUCCUCCCCACUGCCCCUGGUGGCUGCAGCACCCCACCCCACCACCACCCAGCACAACACCACUCACCAUCCCCCGGCUACAGAAGAUGGCAUCCUGUGGGCCGUUCCCAAGAACAGGAGGAGCCGGGAAAGGAGACUCAUCCGGAAGUUUGGUCUUGAGAACAAACACAAGAAGAUGUUGCCGUACCGCAAACUGCUCACUUGUGACGACUGCGGCCACAUGCACGAGCCAGGCCGCUUGUGUCCAAAUUGCUAUGGCGAAAACAAGAAGAUCACGCAGGCAAUGCAGGAAUCAAUGGUGUCUAUGCAAGGCCUCAGCCCAGUGGAGCAUGAGGCCUUGCCAGUCUUCAAGGGAGAGAAAGUCAACACUAAAGAUGGAUUCCAUGAGGGAAAGCGUAUUUUUGAGGUGCCGACAGAACGUCCCAAGUGGUUCUCCAACAGACUGACAAUCAAGUCCAAUGUAACAACCUCCUCAGACACCACCGUUGCCAAGCCAACCAACUUAGCGUGAACAUUAUGUUGCUUAGUUACUUGUGCAUAGUAAGUGUUGGAGUCUCUGAAUUCACUUCCAUGCAGUGUGUGUAAUGUUGAUUUGAAGGAUGUCUCUUGGCUUCACUGCCUGUAUUUAUGGCUGGAAGUAGAGGUUGAUUCAUGUUUUUUUUUUCUUGUGUGAUCUGUUGGUAAUAUGUCAUGACUAACUUGCUUUCUUCCAGUCAUCCUUCCAUACAUCACAGCUUUGUAUGGCCACACAGGGUGGCCACACAAAGCACUGCACACUCUUACCACACACCUGAUUCUGCCAUCAUCUGAGGGUUGGAGGAGGUGAGGUGAAUUGCAGAGUAGGGAACUGUCUCAUUGUUUACCAUGUUGAAGAAAACACCACAAACUUCCUUAACUUUCAUCUCUCUCAUAACACAUUUGCAAAAGCAGACUUGGUUUUAGAGUGUAGAUAAAGUGUAAAUAGUAAUAAAUGGUUUUUUUUA